ACCGUAGAAGCUUUUGCGAAGGAGGGGCGGCGGACUGGAAUGGAGGCGGAGCUGGUUGACGUGAGCAUUGGCGCAAUACAGCGGUUGGAGGUUCCGUGCCGGUUGGGUCACCGCUUUCUCCUUCGCUGCCGUCUUGCCGGCUUCGGUCAUGGAGUCUGUGGAUAAAGCCACGCGCUUCUUGCUGCCUUACUUGACCCAUUGUUCGGUGCGGCGGAAGAUGCCCUGGGCAUUGAUGAGCUUCAUGGUGAUCGGAUCCCUUAUUAAAGAAUUAAUGCCGCUGACUGCUACUUACUUGAGUAACAAGCGCAACAUACUCACUGUCUAUUUUGUGAAAUUUGCCUGGGCCUGGACAUUCUCUCUGCUGUUGCCAUUCGUCUCUCUUACCAACUACAAUGUCCUCCAGAAUAUUUUGCCUGUACUCGUUCGCCUUUUCUCAUUGCUGGUUGGUACUAUCAUUUGGUAUACAUGCACAAGAACAUUUUUGUUCAUUCAGGACUUCACAGGCAGUUGUUACAAAUCAUCAUCCCUUGCUGUAGUGACUCAAGAACUUUCCAACGAACUACAGUGCCUACAAGCUGGUGGGAUAUGGCAACAGGUUGAUAUCUCAGGACAUUCCUUCCUCCUUUCAUAUUGUGUUCUAAUGAUUCUAGAAGAAAUGGCUGUGAUGCCCAGUGUGAAAUUCUUUCGGGGUUCUAGACUGCACACAGUGGUGAACAGUUUGUUCUUCGCACUGGCUUGUUUGAUUUUUAUCUGGCUUUUCAUGCUUCUUACGACUGCUUUAUAUUUCCAUGAUUUUUGGGACAAGGUUUUUGGCACUUUGGUUGGCCUUUCUGCUUGGUAUGGAACGUACAGGUUUUGGUACAUGUCACCUUUCUCCCCUGGACUUCCUCCCCAAAGAACUCUUUAUUUCCCAAAACCUAAUCGUAGGCUAUAAAACCAGUUUGUUGAUCAGAAUCUGUUUUAAAGCAUAUUUAUUUUUAUCUAAAUUUAUUUUCCAGUGUCUAAUUGUGGGCCAUAAAAUCAGUUUGUGGAUCAGAAUCUGUUUUAAAGAAUAUUCAUUUUUAAUUAUUUAAAUUUUAAGACAACUAUUAAUAUGAAUAUUUAAAGUGAGUGGCAAAAGUCCAAAUACUGUUUGUAUUAUGAGUUUGUGAUAUAAUUCUUGAAAGUGGUUGCUAUAUUAAUAAUAUCAAGACUUUGUUAAUCUUGGCUAACUAAAUGGAAACUGCUGACCAGAUUGAUACUAGAAUAACCUGAGAGGAAAAUACUCCUCUUAAAAACCCUACUUUUGACUGUGAAGAGGCAAAUUUAAUAGACAAAAAUGCACCCCGGUGCAAAAUUCAUAUGCAUUUUUAUUACAAAAAUAAAGGACAAUAAAUGGACAUAUUUUUGGUUAGAAAAAUUAAAUAAAAUAAAUUAGAAUAUGUACUAGAGCUUUAUAAAGGAAAAUGAUAAUAAAAAAUAUUUCAAAACAAGAUAAGAUAAAUUGGCCAAGAUUGCACCUUAUUUGAGAAUCUGAUAAUUAACCGAAUAAUAGACACUUAAACAUUUCUCAAUUUAUCUUGCUUGAAGAUGUAAAACAAAGGUUUUUUUGAGUUUGAUUUAAAUCCAUAUAUUAAUACAAAAAGGAUAGCCAGAUUAGUUUAUGGUGUGUAUUGCCAUAGGGAGAUUUUGGAUUUAAAACAACUCCCCACCAUUCUGUUUAUUUCAACACUCAACUUUGUACAGAUGAAAUAGCUUGCAUCAUGCACCAUUUUUUUUUAGAAUUUAUCUGGCUUAGAGUCUUUAGAAUACUUUAUAUGUCGUGUUUUUGGCAAUAUGGUAUCCCUGAAUGUUGCAAAAUGCUUUAUAUCUGUAAUCAAAGCUAUCCUGUUAAAGCAUGCUGUGGCUUGAUGGAUUGCAGCUUUCACAUUCUCUGCUUUUCCAGUUCUUAAUUAAAGAUGGCAGUUGGGAAAUCUAUAGGAAUGUUAUAAUUUAUUGUAUAUGGGAAUUAUAUAGAAAAAGCUAUAUUGGUUUUUACAGCCAUCUGUCACAACAGGAAAAAAUAAUCUUAUUUAAAAACUCUUGUUUAGGUUCAUUGGGUACUUUGACUUUUCUUGCAUGGCACAACCUUAAAAUGUUAAUAUAUUUAUAUUAAUUGUUUUUUCUACAGUUUUGCAUUUUGACUAAAGGUAUUAUACUACAAGUGCAAUUAUUUUUUAAUGCAAUUGGAAAAAUGAUCCAGUUGUAAUGAAUUUUGCUGCUUUAUAUGUUAUAUUCAAUUACUGUAUUUUUAUGUGCUCCUACUAGACAUUUAAUGGUCAAAGCUGCAUAGUUUCAGCUACUAAGCUAAAGUGAGGAUCUUUUGGGGUUUUUUAUUUUUAUUUUUGAUCUCCAACACCAUGAUAGACAUGCAUUGAUACCACUGGAGGCAUUGGUUCUGAAAAUUGUUGCUGUCUUUGUGUCUCUAUGUUUUAUUUAUUUUUUUAGAUUUGGGGGGAUUUUAGAUGGGAAGUAGGUAUGUUAGAGUCUUAAGGAGGCCUAGCACACUUAUCCUAUGUUUAUGUCCCCCAGAAAUAACUCAGCUCCAGACCUUUCAGAUUUGGAUGUGAUAGGAACACUAAAUGGUUUGAAAUCUUCAUGUUAAUUAUAUUGCUGACAAACUGCCAGAGUUCAGGAUUUUGUAUUAAUUUAACAGGCAUGCCAUUUCAAGUGCCUUUGAAUUGUAUGGUACCUUUAAAUAUACUACAAGAUAUUUCCUUGAAAAGUUAUCCAGUCAAAUUUGUGUAUGCUAUCUAUUUAAAGAUGAAAUUCUUUUGGCAUUUCCUCUGAUUUAAGUAAUGCCUUAGUGAAUUAUAGCCUCAUACUUAGGAUUAUGUUACUUGUCCCUCAUAGAGUUACAACAGCUUGUAUUUGUGCCACAUUUAAACUUCAAUAUUGUGCAUGACAAUUGGUUUGUGUAACACUAUUUCCAAGAUAGGAGAAAAACUCAAACUCAGGUUUAUGCUUGUUCAUAAAUCAAAAUGAGCAGCUAAAGCCACAGUCCAUAUAUAUGUAUAUAUGUAUGUAUGCGUGUGUAUAUAAAUACACACACAAACAAAGAUACAUACAUAGACAUAUUUAGAUGACUAAUGAGUUGAAAAGGUAAAAGAAUAAUCACAUUGGCAAUGAAAGUUUUAUGGAGGUAGAAAUUUGAGAUCAGAAGUAUAUGUCAAUGGAAUUAGAAGCAGAUUUAGUUUAUAUUACCAUUAUUGGUCUUAUUGUAAGCUCUUUUGGAAAUGAAGUUAAAUAUGCAUUUAUCUAUGUAGCUUAGUUCAUCAUACUUUCAUGAAUUGAGCUACAUAGGCAGAUGAGGAGCAGCCUUUAUGGCUGGUAACCCAUCUUCCAAUCAAGUUAUAUUUAUGGCUCCUGUAAUUCUUUCAGGGUAUUCCAAUAUACAAAAUGGUUCCAUGUCAUUGUAAUCUACUGAAGAAUUAGUGAUUUUUUAAGCAAUUCCUAAGUAUUGUAUGUUUCCGUUAGCUGAGAUUUUUCUUAGCAUUGCUAUACACAGUUAGGCUUACACAAAGUAUAUUUGCUGUAAUAUUUUUCAUAUUUCUUAAACACUGGUUUUGUAUUGUUUAACAAAGGCAUUGAAAUGCAUUUAUUUUACAGAUAUGUAUAUUUUGUUAGCUGGGUAUGAUGUGUUAACAUUGUUAUUGUAUAGGCAAGCAUUCUAUAAAAAAUUCUUCUGACUCUAUGUAAUACAGAUUUUUGGGGGGGUAAUAAUCACUUGGUGACAGUUUUGUUGCCCAUGAAUGAACAAAUUAAAUUCAUCUUCAAUCAGUGCAAUAACAAAUUAUCUCUCCAGUGGUUUUGGCUUUUUUUUUUUUUUUAGCUAAACUGCUUAUGUUACCAGUUGUGCUACAAUAAUGUCUUAAUCUGAAACAUACUUUACUACAUCUUAUUAAAUAAAAAGCACUGCUUUUA